AUGUACAGACAAGAAGGAUAUGCUGGUUUCAGAGAGGAUAAAACUCACAAGCAGUACAGGAAGGAAAAGUCAGAAUAUCAACCCCUCUUCAACCAAUCAAGCUUCAAAAAAAUGGCAUUAGAACGUGCAAAAAAGGACUACCCCCCCGGAUCUUUUGCGCAGCUUCAACAGAUCGAAUUAUGCUAUGGUUACUUCCAGGCCUGGAAGAAUCUCAGUGGCAAAGCAAUAUAUGACCAAAAAUAUGAAUUACUGGAAUUGAUGAGAACGUUCCAUAGGCUGCAGGACCGGACGUUUCACUUGGCGUAUUUCGAAAUCGAGCUCGACAAGCUACGCAAAGAGUUGGACAGCACUUACAUCAACGAUAUCGAUAUUCAGCGACUCGAGGUGGAUGAGAUUCACGAGUACCAAGAUAAGCGCAAAAACAUCGAGGCGAGGCAUGAUAAAUGCAAGGGGAUAGUCAGGAAGCUUGAGCGAGAAAAAGAAAGGGCCUCGAGGAAAUGGGAAGAGAUUGUUGACUGA